GGCUGACUUCCGGGGCCACGAAUGGUGGUUCCAUGCAAUCCUCUCACAGUGCAGGCACUCAAUCGAUGGAUCCACCAGAAACAAGUGCUGAUCAAAGGAUUCCAAACUGUGUUCGAUCUCUCAGGAUUUGUGAAGAACGCUUGCGAGAGCAGGGAAGUGCAACCGCCUGCCACUGCCACCUAGAUUUCAUGCACUGGUGUCAACAAACUGAAGGCUGGUGGCACUUAAUGAAUGCUCACCAAAUUCUAGAGGUACGUGGAAACAGUUGCUUGGAUGUUUUCAACAAUGGAGGAGAUUCUUACGUGAAUGUACCAGUCAUGUCCCAGUCAAUUUCGGCCCGACGUGAAACAUGGCUUAGAAAAUCAGCUUAGAAGUUCAAGUGGCGUUGCUUCUGCCACUGUUUCUACUGCAUUGUUUUGAUAUUCUCGUCAAGAAGCUUGAAAAUGGCGUGCCAAUUUCAUGUUAUGCGAGGUGUUGUGCGUUGGGACUAGCUGUGGUAACCGGCGUCUUUGAAAGAAGUAUGUGCCUUGCCGAUCAGGCAUAUAGGAAUUUAUUGUUACUCAGAAAUCAGGGCUCUGUCGGCGGACAAUGUAUGAGGAAAGCGAAUGAAGUGACUAUACCGAGAGCAGAUACAGCGUACAGCACCACCUUCCUAACGUGAGGAAGGUAACUAGAUCUGACAAGCAGUUUCCAAACCUACAGCCUGAUGAAGUGCAGUCGCUGGAACAGAUUUUUGGUCUGCACUUGCAAUCAAACAAGCAGAACUCUGGUCUAGGGUUGCAAUCAAUCUCAAACAGGAUUGACCUGUCAGACUCAGAUCUCUGAGGGAUAGUUGUCACUGAAGAAUAAAGAAUAAAGAACAAAGCAGGAAAAGCAUUACCUUGCCCAUCAUUAUGGUUGGCGGUUGAGUUUUCUCCGGCUUGGAGAAGGUACUGACUAUGAUCUCAUUCCUAAUAAUCAACGCAGAUAACACUUAGGGAUUUGAAACUUGAAGUAAUUACCAUUGAAUGGAAUCAGACCAUAUACAUUUAUACUUGGUAAAUCAUAAGAGCAUAAUAUACCAUAAUAUAGCAAACUUAUUAUAUAUAAACAUCUUGUUUGUUCGAAAGUCAUGAAAAACUAGGUAUUUUGUACCUUACCUCACAAAUGAUGAGAAAUGCCUCAUAAAUAUGUCUUCAGUUUUAAUGAUUCUAGGGUAUGAAGUUGUUUUAAUCUGGUUUUAUAGCUUCCAAACAAUUAUAUCAUGUUGUAAAUUUUCAGCAGAAUCUAUUGGUUAGGCUCGUAUGGCUCAGUUAAGUAUGUUCCG